UGAUCCCACCACGGUGAUGGAAAGAUGAAGACGGAGCUGGCAGAUUCACCUCUCUGUCAAUGUUCUCACUAUAUGUGGUUUGUAGGAGGGGCUGAAAGAAAGAAAAAAGAGAAUAUAUGGAGAGGGAGGAGAAUAAACAGGAGGAGGAGAAAGUGAAGCUGGCCACAAGUGAUGGAGGAGAAGAAGGCCAUAUUGAUGGUUUUUCAGAUGAAAGAAGGGUGAUGAUGAUGGAGACGGAAGUGCAUCUGGCCUUUCCAGAUUUCACUGGGAAACCGGAAUUAGAUGAAAGUCCACAAUUAGGACUCUCUUUUUCCUCUGACCGUACGGACACCUGGGCUCCGUCCAUCUUGUCGUCCUCUUCCUCCUCUUUUCCCUGCCUCUCUCCUCCUCUUCCUCCGUCGGUGGGUCUGGAUGGCGUGUUGGCUGAGGGGCGGCUGGUUCUGGAUGUGUAUCGGGCCGGAGGAGCGGUUCUGCCCGUGUUCUGGGAGUGUGUUCAGGAGCAGAUGAGAGGCCUGCAGUACCUCAGACUGGGCUCAGAGGAUGAGGGGGCGCUAGAGAGUUCACUGCGUGUUCUGCCGCGACUCACAAAGCUGCGCUCGCUGGCUAUCAGAGGACACCGUUUCCAUGACCCUCAUGGUGACCCUCUCCCAGGCCUCCUCUCCUCUCUCCCCGACUCCUUCUCCUCUCUGUCUCUCCUCAUUCACAUGGAUCUCUCCUUCAACCGGCUCUCCUCUCUUCCUCCCUGUAUUCUGUCUCUCUCUCGUCUCUCCGAGCUCCUGCUGUGUCACAAUCACCUGUCGGGUCUGCCGGAGGGCGUGGGAGCGCUGGCGUCCCUGCGGCGAGUGAGUCUGCUGGGGAACAGGCUGGUGGAUCUCCCCCCGGGUCUGGGUCUCCUCUGCAGGCUGGAGGAGCUCGACGUGUCCUUCAACCUGCUGGAGACACUUCCAGAAGAACUGGGACAACUGCAGGACUUACAAAAACUGGAGCUGUCAAAUAACAGACUCAGAGCGCUGCCGGAGACGCUGGGAUCUCUCCGCUCUCUGAGGCAGCUAGUUAUCCAGAGUAAUGAUCUGAGGACUGUUCCAGCAUGUUUGCACUCCCUCCCGCUGCUCGACAAACUGGACGUGAGGAACAACCCGCUGGGCCGCCCCCCGACGCCCCCGCCGCUCGCUCUCGUCACCCCAGUUCUGGAAUGUUCUGAGACCCCAGAUCUGCACCUCGGACUGGAGCAGCACAGUUUUCAAGUAUCACCUGCUGGUUGUCACGUGUUCCUUCCUGGAGGGGCGGAGCUCUUGUUUCCACGGAGAUGCGUAAACACGGUCACACAACUCCAGUGGGCGGAGAGGAGGCCAGACAGGAAGUGGGUGUGGCUAGAGGAGCAUGACAUCCUGUUGAGUCGACAGCUGGAGCUCCGCCCACAUGGAGCCACAUUUGAGAAGCCGGUGGAGGUGUGCGUCCCGUAUCGUAAAACCCGGAGAGGUGAUGUUGCGGUUCGCAGGUUUGAUGGCCAGUCUUGGACGACUCUACAGACUCUGACCAGGAGAGGAAGUGAGAAACACAGUUGCAGGCCUGGGGGCCGCCCAGCACGGCUGGCCUGCUGCAGUGUGUCGCAGUUCUCGUGGUUCGUGGCCGUCUCUCGCCCUUUCCUGGACAGUUGCUCCGUGUCCCCAGAGGGGGCGCUGCUGGUUUCUCUAUUCCACCCGGGGAUCAAACUCACUUUCCCUUCAGAAUGCACAACAGAGACACGUACGGUCACACUGCAGGUCCUGCAGGUGGAGCAGUCUGAGGUGAAACACCUGACCGGAGACCCUCAAGCCAGUGCAAGCCCACUGCUAUGCCUCUCUCAAACUCCCAGCAUGCACUUCCUUCAGCCAAUCACAGUCCAGGUUCCUCUUCCACCUGGAGUGACUGGACACAUGGUGGACAUGUCCCGUUUGCACCUGAUGCACGGCGACCCCACGGCCCACACCUGGACUGACAUCACCGCUCAGGUGUCCCUCUACGUCACGCACAUCUACGCCGUCUUCUCAAUCACACACUUCUCAUGGUACUGGUUGUGGUACACCACUCACAGGUGUGUUAGUGGUGUUGUGAGGAAGAUGUAUCACCGCUUGAAACAGUUCCGGGUUCGAUUCCUGGCGCUACAGAGAAAAACCGACCCAGAGCAGGUUCUGCUGCAGUGCCUGCCCUCUGACAAGGCUGAAAGCAGGUUGUCGUCUCUGUCGGAGCAGUAUGAAGGUCCUCAGCCUUCUGAGUUGUGUAUCCUGCUGGAGGGAGAACAGUUCUUCGCUGGCUUUGAGAGAGGCAUUGACAUCAGCGCAGACCGUCCUGACUGUAAAGAGGGCAGACUCUCAUUCACCUUUUACUCUCACCUGAAGAACAUUAAAGAGGUCCAUGUGUGCUCGAUCAGCCCACAGCAGGGCCCCGUGAGAGGACAGGUUUCGUUUUACAGGGGUGAAGUGCCUAUUGAUCUUCCAGAGGAAGUAGCAAGUAAAAGAAAAGGUCACGACAACCAGUGGAUGGCGACGCUUCCUCUGCGGAUUCCUAACGCUGACUGUGAUGGGAACAUCUCCGGCGAGCUGAACCUGGGCGACCCGGAGAGCGGCUACCUGACACAGACCAACCUCCUGUCCAUCUCCUUACGCAUCAACCAAGAGUGGCAGAACAUCGGCAUCAGCCUCGGCAUCGGCUACGACCAGCUGGAGCGAAUCCGAAACCAACACAGGGACAACUUUGGGGCCCAGGUAUUGGCGAUGCUCUUUCAUUGGGCGAGAGGGCAGCAGGGGGCGGGGCCUGGGGCGGUGCAGCGGCUGGUGAAAGCACUGGUGGACAGUGGCCGGCGGGACCUGGCGGAAGAAGUAGAGGACGUAGUGACUCUGGGAAAGAGGAAGUAUGAGGAAUCACUAAAGCGAGUCGGGCUAGAGACACCAGCUACCUCUGCAGACCCUCAGUCCAGCUGACACACACACACACAUACACACGAUCGUGCUGAGAGUGGAUGCCAAGAACAUGACAAACAGCAGCACUGGAGACAAUAAUGACACACAUGGACAUACAGUGUCUCUUCUCACAGGUCUCAGAUCAGCUGUCAGU